AUGGUGUUUACUCAAAAACAUCCAAUUCAGUAUGGAACUUAUAUACCUGAAAAGUUUAAUGUAAUUGGAGAAGAAUGUUUUACAGAAUGUUAUGACUUUGUUGAUUUUGAUAUUCCAACACAUAUUACUAGAUUAGAGAAUAAUUGCUUUGCUGGAUGUAAAUCAUUAGUAUCAAUUAAUAUACCUACAUCAAUUAGUGAAUUACCUUUUGGUUGUUUUCAAUGUUGUCCAUCAUUAAACCCAAUUAAUAUACCAUCUUCUGUUAGUGAAAUAGGAGAAAGUUGUUUUUGGAAAUGUUAUUCAUUAAAAUCAAUUAAUAUACCAUCGUCAGUUAGUAUAUUAAGAAAAUAUUGUUUUUGUUGGUGUAGAUCAUUAAAAACAAUUAACAUACCAACAUCAGUUAGUGUAAUAUCACCUGGUUGUUUUAAAGAAUGUUAUUCAUUAAAAUCAAUUAACAUUCCGUCAUCUGUUAAAAUAAUAGGAGGGUUUUGUUUUAAAGGAUGUAGCUCAUUAAAAACAAUUAAUAUACCAUCAUCUGUUAGUAAAAUAGGAAAUGAAUGGUUUUAUGAAUGUACAUCAUUAACAACAAUUAAUGUACCAUCAUCAAUUAGUGAAAUAGGAAAUGAUUGUUUUAAUGGAUGUUUAUCGUUAAAUUCAAUUAAUAUACCAUCAUCAAUUACAUCAAUAGGAGAUGGAUGUUUUAAUGGAUGUAGAUCAUUGACAUCAAUUACUAUACCAACAACAAUUAAAGAAAGAGGAAAGAAUUGUUUCAAAGAAUGUACAUCAUUAAGACUAGUAAAAAUAAAUUCACCUUCAGUUGGGUCAUUACCUAAUAAUUAUUUCCAAAUGUUUAAUUGGAUGAGGUCAGUUGAAAUACCAACUACAAUAACAUCAAUUGGUGCACAAUGUUUCAUUGGUUGUAGGUCAUUAACGUCAAUUGACAUACCAACAUCAGUUAGUAAAAUAGGAGAUUACUGUUUUAAGAUGUGUUCAUCAUUAACAUCAAUUAAUAUA